AUGGGUCAAGAACAGUCUCAGCCGUCAGCAUCGCAGCGACCUCCAGAGCCGCAGCUUAGCGAAGAAGAGCGCGCAAAGCUCCAAGCUGAGAUGCGCGCAAACCAGCAAGCGGCCCUGGAUAAGCGUCUUAACCAGCCAAGGAAGUCGUCGCCCGCAGGCGCUCAAGCGACGAGGAAGCCAACUGCCCUGGAGGAAGCAAGCAGGGAGAACAUCGGAUGGCGCAACGCCGACGCGCAGGCGGAGUUCAGGAACUGGAACUGA